AUGGCGCAUAUGGCCAACACUCUGGCCACGGCCGAGCAGCUCUACAAGCGCAAUUCCUUCAGCUCACUGCCUGCCGAUCUACAGGAUGUCAUAUUCUACGCCACGCAGUGUUUGACACAAGCCGCCGGUGUUCUGCUCGAUUUGCCGCAGUCGACAACCGCACAGGCAAAUGUUUUACUGGCGCGGUACUGGCUCGUCGAGUCGCCAAUGGCGGGUGAAUUCAGCGAUGUCUCCGCCGCAGCCCUCUACCUAGUCUCCAAAAUGGGAUCCUUGCCACGCUCGACGCGAGACGUCUCAAACAUAUACGCCUACCUCCUCUCCCCGGCCUCCUCGCUGUUCCGCGGCGAGCCACCAGACCCCAAGCGCGCCCGCCCGGACCCGACGACGUACUACCAGACGGACGGCGAGUACGCCGCCUUCCAGACGCGGAUGCUGGCGGCCGAGGCGCGGAUUCUCUGGGCGCUGGGCUUCGACACGGCCGUUGCGCUGCCGCACGCAUUGGCGGUGACGUACCUCCAGGCGCUGGAUUUUGUCGGGAAGCCCAAGGGCAACAUGGCGGGGCGGGUGGUUGCGCACCUCAACACGGCGCUGCUGAGCCCGCAGAUGCUGUACCUGACGCACCAGCCCAACGCGCUCGCGACGGCGGCGGUGUACAUUGCGGCUAGAGAGGCAGGGGCCAAGAUGCCCGAGGUGGCGUGGUGGGAGGUUUUCGAUGUCGAGCGGGAGGAGCUGGGGUUUCUCGUGGUGGGCAUGAGGAGUCUCGAGGGAUGGGUUAAGGGGGUCAAGGAGACUGGGAUGCUUACCGGUGGGAUGAUCAUGAGGGAUGGGAUCGAGAGAGAAGCGAGGAGGCGGGCUGGAGAGGGAGACGAAGAAGACGAGAUCAUGGCGCUGAUGGAUCAGAAGGCUGCAUAG